AUGCCCCGCUUGAAGGAUCAAAUCAAAACCAAUGGAACUGAAGUAUUUUUUAGAGGGAAAUUUAAAAUUCUCACAGGAGCCAUCUUUAGUGAAAAGCUUCAGAACAUGUCUUCAGUGGAGUUCAAAUCACUUGCUUUUGAUAUUGAACAUAUGGUAUCAAAUAUUUACUUACAAAGUAGUUUGAAGAGUAAGUACAAGGCCUGUGUUGUUUUAUAUUUCAGAAAUGGAAGUGUGGUGGCCACAUUUAACCUGCAUUUCACAGAGUCUGUACCUAGAGAGGAAGUGACACGAGAACUAAUAAAUGGUAUUGAAGAAAAUAAAGGAGGUGUAAUGGGAGCAUUUACUGUUGACAAUGAAAGCAUUGAGGUUGGAACUCCAGGAGAACUAACAACAAGCAAGCCAUUACCUACACCAGUGCAGUGUUUACCUGGUUAUGAGCGAUGUGCUGAUUAUAUGACAUGUGUACCUCAAAUGUUGCUAUGCGAUGGAGUUAACAAUUGUCAAGAUGGCUCUGACGAGAAUCUGAAACGUUGCGCAACACCUUGUGAUGGACAGUUCCUCCUGAAUGGGCCUAUGGGGUCUUUCCACUCUAUUAAUUUCCCUUUGCCAUACGAUUCUGACGUUUUCUGCCGAUGGAUCAUACGCAUUCAGAAGGGACUUUCCAUUAAAAUAAAUUUCCCUGCAUUUGUAACAGAAGAAAUAACAGAUGUUUUGAAUCUAUAUGAAGGCACUGGUCAAGAUAAAGUUCUGAUGUAUUCACUAUCUGGUUCUACUCCAGGAUCUGUAAGGAUAAUGUCAAGUGAAGCAACUGCAGAAUUUCUUUCAGAUGAUAUCAAUAAUUUCAAAGGCUUUAAUGCAACAUAUGAAGCAGAAAACAUCAGUAAUCUUACCAAUGAGAGGAAGAUCAAUUGUUCUUUUGAAGAAGGCUGGUGUUACUGGAGACAAGACCCCAAGGAUAAUGGAGAAUGGAUGAGAUUAAAUGGGCCGACAUUUCCACCAUUUUCCGGACCAAAUUUUGAUCAUACGUUUAUGAACGAAUCAGGGUUUUACCUGAGCACUCCUACAGGAUUUGGAAAACAAGUAAAAAGUUUUAGACUGUACAGUUUCCCUUUAGCUGCUACAAUCCAGCCAUAUUGUUUAAGUUUCUGGUACCACAUGUAUGGCACUGAUGUCUACAAAUUGAGAGUUAAUAUCUCAAAUGCACAGAGCUUGCCGAAAAUCAUUUUUAAAAAAGAAGGAAACUAUGGUGACAGCUGGCAUUAUGGACAGAUCACGUUAAAUGAGACUGAAGAUUUUACAGUUGUUUUUGAAGCACAAAAGAACGUAGGCCUGAGAAAUGAUAUAGCAAUUGAUGACAUUGGACUGACAAACGGCAGCUGUGUAGAAGGUGUUUACCCAGAACCCACUCCUGUUCCUACACCUACAACCCUGCCUCCACAACCCACGGACUGUGGUGGACCUUUUGAACUCUGGGAUUCAAACUCAACAUUUAGUUCAGCCAAUUACCCCAGAAAUUAUAUGAACAAUGCAUUCUGUGUUUGGUAUCUAAAUGCAGAUGAGGGUGAAAACAUCAAGCUACAUUUCUUGGACUUUGACUUGGAAUCUAUUUAUGAUGUUGUUGAAGUGAGAGAUGGGCGAGGAGAUAAUUCUUUACUGUUAGAUGUGUAUACAGGAAAAACAUCUUUUCAGGAUGUGUACUCCACAACAAACCACAUGACAGUGCUUUUCACUACAGACAAGUCAACAACCAGAAAGGGGUUUCUGGCAAAUUUCACAACUGGUUAUAACCUUGGCAAGCCAGAAUCUUGUUCUUCAAGUGAUUUCCAGUGCUCUUCUGGAGAAUGUAUUGCAAAUGGCAGCCUCUGUGAUGGUCACCCAGAUUGCCCUGAUGUCUCAGAUGAAUCUAACUGUGUACGUCUGCAAAAUGGCACUCAAUCCACCAAUGGGAAAGUGCAGCUCAUGCUGCAGAGUGAGUGGUAUACAGUUUGUGCUGAAUACUGGACCAACCAGCUCUCAGAGUUCAUGUGUCAAUAUCUAGGCUUUGGGAAUGGGAAUGCAACCCUGGUUCAAUGUCCUGAUGCUGGAGACACCUUUGUAACAUUGAGACAAACAGAAAAUGGUAGUAUAGUGCUCACUCCAAGUGAUCAAUGUGCAAAUGGAUCUGUUGUAUAUCUAAGAUGCACCAACAAGCCUUGUGGAACUAGAAUGGUAUUGCAUAAGACAGAUAUGAAGAUUGUUGGUGGAGAGAAUGCUAAGCAAGGGGCUUGGCCUUGGAUAGUUUCCCUCCAUUUCAAAGGACAACAUGCUUGUGGUGCUGCUCUUGUUAGCAAUGAGUGGCUGGUGUCAGCAGGUCACUGUGUUUAUGGGAGAAAUGUUCAUCCUUCAGAUUGGGAAGCAGUCAUUGGUCUUCACACACAGCUCAAUUUAACAUACCCACAGACUGCAAUCCACCGGAUUGACCGCAUUGUGAUGAACCCUCAGUACAACAAGAGAACAAAGGACAGUGACAUCACCAUGAUGCACCUGGAACAUAAAGUGAACUUUACAGAUUACAUUCAGCCAAUAUGUCUUCCAGAAAAGGAGCAGAUGUUUAAACCAGGAAUGAAAUGUUUCAUUGCUGGAUGGGGUAAAGUUUUAGAGCAAGGAUCUGUUGCAAAUAUCUUGCAAGAAGCAGGGAUCUCCCUAAUUACAAAUGAACAGUGUCAGCAGCAGUUGCCUGAAUAUAAUAUUACACAAAGAAUGAUGUGUGCGGGCUAUGAACAAGGAGGUGUAGACUCCUGCCAGGGAGACUCAGGUGGACCCCUAAUGUGCCAGGAAGAUGCCAGGUGGAUAUUAGCAGGGGUGACUUCUUUUGGGUAUGGGUGUGCUAGACCCCAGCGUCCAGGUGCAUAUGUCCGUGUCACACAGUUUGUUGAUUGGAUACACAAUAUUCUUAACUAAUCACUAAGGAUUCACAAUCAUUUUUGUCAUCAAUCUGCAUCAAAGUAGUUAGGUUACCAUACUUAUAAAACAAACUAAAAUUUAAUUCACAUUAAGUUUUUGGCCUUAAAAUACACCCCAAAGACAGCUCUGAAGGAAAAAGAGGUGGAAUUGUGAAAUGGACACAGAUCUCUAAAAAUCAUUUAAAUAUCUUUCAGAAUUGUCAACUGAAGUGUGGUCGAUACACCUCUUACUGAAAGGGUUAUGACAGGUUUCCUAUUUGUUUUCCAACUCCUAUGAAACCCAGUUUGAUUAAUAUUAUUCUAAAUGAUACUGAACGUUUUAACCACCUACUGACAGCUUUUGACUUUGAGAGUUUGCAAAAACACUGUGCGCAAGACUUGCAAAUACCUGCACUUUCUGCUAUUAUCUGUGCUUUCAAAGGAGGAUUUUGUUGUCUUUUGAAAGACCAAGAUGUAUAACCAAGGAUUAAUUAGAACUUACCAUACUUAUAAAGAAGAUUUAUGUUUGGAUAGGUUAGGGUUAAUGUUAAAUAAUAGAAACUUAUGUUAUAUAUACAAUAUUCAACCUGUCUGUACGUCUUUAAUCAACUCCUGUUCUUUGAGAAAAUUCAUGUCUAUGGGCGGUAUUCACAAAUACAUCAAUUAUUUUAUUCUCGCGUUACAAUUUGAAAUGCCCACUGAUGCAUAACUUGUUGAUUUGACUGAUGAUAAAUGGUGAUCUGGUGAAGAGGUGAAGAGGUGAACUAUCCCCAGAUAAUUCCCCCCGCCACCAACUCCUAGGGAAUGCAAAGGCCAGUGCAGUGCAGUGCAGUGCAGUGCUCCAUCGGGGUCCCUAGUCAGGCCAGCAACUCAGUGCUAACAGGAUUUGAGCGUUCGACUCACCCCGUAAUCAAUGUGGCUGUAAAAUCUCUUGAUUUUUGUAGAGUCUAACUCGUGGCUUCGGCCUUGUAUGAGAGGAGGGGAGGGGGAGUGUGUAAAAAUAACUGAAAUUAAAAUAGCUGAUUUUUUCCUAUUUUAAAUUGUGCAUUCUGCCUUACAGAAACCAGUGGUUUAAAACCAACACUCGAUUUUGUGAAAAUCAACACAUACCCAAAUAUAUGUAUGACUCAUGUGUUACAAUGUCAUUAUCUCAUCCUCAGGUGCACAUAGUAAACUCCAGUGAAUGUCCAAUAGCAUAGCAUUUAUUAGUUAGUCUCAACAACAUAUCACAUACUAUAGCUUCUAACAGAGAGGGAGACAGUUUUGUCCAAGUUAAUUUGUCGAAACCUGCAGUGUUAAAGACAGUAUUACGUGGCCUGCUUCACAGAGAGGCACUGUGUCUUUAACAUUUUACCUUUGGUAUCUCAUCUUAGACAGGGGGCCGUUGCCAUCAUUAUUUCAUGCCCAGCUGCUUUGUUAAAAACCACACAGGUCCCCCCAUUUCAUAAGUCCAGAUUUAAAAUUCAGCUUUUCAAUUGCAUUUCAGAGACAUUAGCAUUUUGACUGUCAUUUUUCAUAUAUCUCACAAUCUUGACAGCAUUAUAGUAACAUAUUAAAAGUUAUAACAACAUGCUAUUAAUAAUAUGCAUGUUUCUUUACUGCAGUUUUCACAGGGUACUCAAUGGGGCUGCGUAUUUCAAAUGUGGUACAAAUGAUCACUGUACCAGGCAUUAUCAUUUUUUGUUAUCCGACAAAACAAAAUAACACAAAGCUGUUUCUUCAAGACACAUAGUAUUGCUUGAUGAUAGGAACACAACGUUUGUUUAGAGAACUAAAGAAAUGUGUACUAUGUAUUUAAGGCAUAUUUAUAAUGAUCUAUAUAUAGCCAAAUUGCCAAAAGCAGAAGUGCCAGUGUAUGAUGUAUUUUACAUUAAUAUUGAAUUUUCCUUGAACAUUAUGACAUUCUAUUUUUAUUUAUAUUAGGUUGAACUGAUAACACCUUACUUACUAAGAUGGUGAAUAAAAAAACAGACGUAACUAUUUCAACAAGACGGUUUGAAAUAUGACACUUAAAGCUUACACUAAGUCAGCUUUGAUGCCGCUUUCUGGUACUGUCUUAUACAUGCUAUACGGUCAGGACAGUCCCAAUUUCCUAGCAAAUGUCCCACGUCCCGAUCCAUAGGAAGAAAGUCCCGAUAUUUACACAGAC